GAAAGUUAGGUUAUGUUUCUAGAAACAAUAACAAAUCGAGUUUUGGCUCGAAUUUUGGAAAAUGCGAAGAAGUUUCGCACCGAGUCAGACGGGCACCAAGAGGCCCAAUGAGAGCUUCAGUAGCCCCCUAAUUGAACCCAUAAAGCGACCAAGGCGAUGCAAUGAGACGGAAAAGAAGCCCCCGGCACCCAAAUUAUCCUCAUCCCAGCACGAGGAGAUGAUUACAAAGAUCCUUUCAAGACCCUUCAAGGUUCCAAUACCAGACUACGUGCCUGACACUCAUGGGAAUCGAUGCUUGGGCGUCAAGAGGAGCGUCAUCCGGCGUGCUCUUCACGAUCCCUUUGCCUGCAAUGCUCUCGUAUUCUUCUCCCCACCGGAGUUGAGUGAGCACGACAAGAUUCACGUGGAUAAGAAUAAGAUUCAGGUACACGUUGUGGUGGAUCCAGUGCUGGGAAAUAUCCUUCGUCCUCAUCAGAGAGAAGGAGUGAAGUUUAUGUAUGACUGCGUAACCGGAGCUAAGGGAGACUUCUGGGGAUGUAUCAUGGCAGAUGAGAUGGGCUUGGGAAAGACCCUCCAGUGCAUAACGCUCAUCUGGACACUCCUGCGGCAGAGCCCAGACUGCAAGCCGACCAUCAAUAAGGCAAUCAUCGUGUGCCCCAGCUCCUUGGUCAAGAACUGGUACAAUGAAUUCGGGAAGUGGCUGGGAAGCCGGGUAAAUGCCUUCGCGGUUGACAAUGGCUCCAAAGAGGAAACUAUAAGGAAUUUGGAGCAAUUUAUGGCGAAUCAGGGCAUGAGAUCAGCAGUACCCGUACUCAUAAUUAGCUAUGAAACUUUCAGGAUCUACAGCGGAAUCCUGAAUGCCUCGGAGGUGGGAAUGGUGCUCUGUGACGAGGGGCAUCGGCUGAAGAACAGCGAGAAUCUCACGUAUCAAUCUCUAAUGGGAUUGCAGACAAAACGACGAGUUCUGCUCUCAGGAACACCCAUUCAGAAUGACCUCACUGAAUACUUCAGCCUCAUUCACUUUGUCAAUCCGGGAAUGUUGGGAAGUGCAGCUGAAUUCCGACGACAGUACGAAAAUCCCAUUCUGCGUGGUCAGAAUGCCGACUCAACGGAUGAGGAGCGCAAGAAGGCCACAGAGAGACUCACAGAGCUCACAAAUAUCGUCAAUCAGUGUAUGAUUCGACGUACGAGCUCUCUCCUGAACAAGUAUCUGCCCGUUAAAUUUGAAAUGGUGAUCUGUGUGCGUCUGUCUGAGGUGCAAAUUCAGCUCUACCGGAACUUCAUUAAAUCCGAUUCAAUCCGAAAGAAUGUUCUCAAUCGCGAUGAGGUUAAAGCCAGCUUGACGGCACUCUCGAGCAUUACAUCGCUGAAGAAACUCUGCAAUCAUCCGGACCUUGUUAAUGAGAAGAUCAAGGAGGGUGCUGAGGGAUUCGAGAAUGCAGAGAAAUUCCUACCAGCUGGCUACAGUACGCGGGAUCUCCUCCCGGAACUCAGUGGGAAGUUGAUGCUGCUCGACUGCAUGCUGGCCAACAUUAAGAUGAGUAGCGAUGACAAGGUGGUGCUCGUCUCCAACUACACCCAGACGCUGGAUCUCUUUGAGAAGCUCUGCCGGAAGCGUGGCUACGGCUAUGUACGUCUCGAUGGUACAAUGAGUAUCAAGAAGCGCGGGAAGGUGGUGGAGGAAUUCAAUCGCACUGGUUCGGAGCAAUUUAUCUUCAUGCUGAGCUCCAAGGCUGGUGGCUGUGGACUCAAUCUCAUUGGAGCCAAUCGCCUGGUGAUGUUCGAUCCAGAUUGGAAUCCCGCCAAUGAUGAGCAAGCCAUGGCGAGGGUAUGGCGCGAUGGGCAGAAGAAGCCCUGCUUCAUCUAUCGACUCCUCGCAACGGGAACCAUUGAGGAGAAGAUCUUCCAGCGACAGACACACAAGAAAGCCCUCUCGACCACCGUUGUGGACAACAAUGAGGAUGCAGAGAGGCACUUCACACAGGAUGAUCUGCGGGAUCUCUUCAAACUCGACGAGAAGACAAUCUCAGACACUCAUGGGAUCUUCAAGUGCAAGAGAUGCGUCAAUAAUAUUCAAACAAAGCUUCCGCCUGAGGAGUCUGAUUGCACAUCUGAUCUCUCCCAGUGGUUCCAUGCUUCCACACCGAAAGGACUUCCGGAUAACAUCCUCACGGAAUCCUGGGCUGUGACCAAGAAUAUCUCGUUUGUCUUUCAUCAUCGCAGCAACACUACCGUUGAUCAGGCGCCCGCCGUUUCGUGUGAGGAGGAUAAGGAGAACAAGAAGGAGAAAAAGUACGCGUCAGAUGAUGAGGAUUAUGAUCCUCCUGAGCAGGACGAUGAUGAUGAUGAUGAGGAUUUUGUUUUGCGGAAAAAGAGAUGAGGAGGGAGAAAUCUUAUAAGAAAUAUUUCCUAAUUUUUAGGCCUUCAAAAAUAAAUUAUAUCGUAAAAA